AUGUUUUGUUUUUAUAUUUACUUUCUUGUUUCCUUUCUUUCUUUCUUUCUUUCUUUCUUUCUUUCUUUUACAUUUACUUCUUCAUUUGUUUCAUUUUCUUUCAUUCAUUCUUUCUUUCGUUCGUUUUCCUUCUGUCUUUCUCCCACUUUUUCCUUUUCUUUUGUUUCCUUUUAUCUUUCUGUCUUUCUUUCUUUCUUUUUUUCUUUCUUUCUCCCACUUUCUUUUUCUUUUGUUUCAUUUUAUCUUUUUUUAUCUUUCUUUCUUUCUUUCUUUCUUUCUUUCUUUCUUUUCUUUUGUUUCAUUUUGUUUGUUUGUUUGUUUGUUUGUUUGUUUCUUUCUUUCUUUCUUCUCAUUUCAUUCCAUUCGCUUUCUUUCUUCCUUUCUUUUUCCUUUAUUUAUUUGCUCUGUUUAUUUGUUUUUUUUCUUUCUUUAAUAUGUUCACGUUUUUAUACUUACUUUCUUUUUUCCUUCCUUUCUUUCUUUUUUCUGUUUUUCUUCCUUUCUGUCUUUCUUUCUUUCUUUUACAUUUACUUCUUCAUUUGUUUCAUUUUCUUUCAUUCUUUCUUUCUUUCGUUCGUUUUCCUUCUAUCUUUCUCCCACUUUUUCCUUUUCUUUUGUUUCAUUUUAUCUUUCUUUCUUUCUUUCUUUCUUUCUUUCUUUCUCCCACCUUUUCCUUUUCUUUUGUUUCCUUUUGUUUGUUUCUUUCUUUCUUUCUUUCUCAACGAAAUCGACAGUCAUUAG